AUGAAACUGCCGAAAUGUAAGACAAUUAUUGGACCGAGGUCAAAAUCUUUCUCGCAUGCCGAUGCAUGUAAACAAGUUGAGCAGCCAAAACUUCUUAGGCUUUAUCCCUUUCUUGGGAACUUGAUUUUAUACAACACGGCUUGUGAAGGAGGAGAAAGACUCAUUUUGUCAGAGAAAACGAGUACUGUACUGAGAUCCAAAAGCUGGCAACACCAUCCCGAAAAUCUGACACACUUCAUGAAAUAUGCUAAAUCAUUUCAAGUCACCUAUUGGAUACAAAAUGCACCUUACCGAUCAAAGUACAUCCAUAGAGUCCACAAAUCACCAUUUGGAUUUCAGAGGUCACUUGCAAAGAAGCCAAAAGCUAAUUUUGAAGCUAGACAUAGUCACAUACCUUCUUUCCACACCCUCCCAAACAGCAUCACCACCUUGGACAACGGAGUCAAGAACGGAGACCUGAAAAUGUUGCACGGGCAUCAUAAACCUUCUCACGGGAAAGAGUAA